AAAAUUGAACAAUUGAAAUUCUCUUGUAAUUAUUUUCUCAAACAAUUGUAAAACAAUUUUGGCUUUGUGUUGGCCAAGAAUUUUUUUUAGCCAGGAACCGGUUUUUGCAGUUCAACAAAAUCUUGAGGUUGUAAGAGAGAAAAUAAGAGUUUUAAAGCGUGAAACGUGGAUGUGAAAACAUAAACAAACCCAUUAGCAAAAAUAAAAACAAUAAUAAGAUUUGAAGAGGGAGAUGGAAGCACGUGCAACGUUGGUGCAUGAAUGAUAUAAUAUUUAAAAAAAGAAAUAAAAGUUUUCAAGAUAUAGACAUGAGUCUGCCGCAGUUAAUUGAUGAUUUGCAGCGCCUUUCUGAGGAUCAGGAUAGUGCUGAUGUUGUGUUUAUUUGUGGGAGAGAUGAACGUAUCUACGCUCACAGAUUGAUGUUAAUGGCUCGUUGCAAGAGUUUCAAGACCGCCAAAAGGGGCGAGGUGUGCCGCAUUCCCGGGUGCACCGUCUCACCAGCUGCACCUGGAGCUUCCACACCAACCACAAUACGUUUGCCACAUGUUAAUCCGGAUCUAUUUCGGCAGUUUAUUCUUUAUGUUUACACUGCAAAGUUAGUGCUGCAGGACUCGCAGGUAUUCCAGAUGAUGAUGAUGGCCCAGGACAUGGGUGUGGUUGAGCUGCGUACUGCCUGUGAAGAUCAUGUCAUAUCCACCUUAUCAGUAGAUAAUGCCUGUACAUUUUUGACGGCAGUUAUGGAUAUACAUGAAAAAGCAGGAGCAAAAUGUGCCGCGUCUUUCAUGGAACGCUGUAUAAUCUACAUUGGAGAGAAUGCCACCGAAUGUGUUAAGACCAAUGCCUUCCUGACCUUAACCAAGGAGGCCCUCAUCAAGAUCAUUUCAUCAGACUAUUUCUGUCUGGAAGAGGAGGAAGUAUGGCGUUGCGUUCUUGCCUGGGCCAAAUAUCAGGCUGGUGUAACCCAGCCCACUGCCCAUUGGACCGAGGAGGAACGUGCUCGGGUCUGCCAACACCUGAGUGGUGUAAUGGGCCACGUGCGGCUUCUGCUUAUUGACAGUCAGGUUUUCGCAGAGGAGGUAGAACCUACAGGAGCCGUUCCCAUGGAGCUGUCAUUAGAACGCUAUCGUUAUGCCGCUUUGCAUGCCAACAAGAUGAUCGAUAACGACAAGAGACUCCAACCCCGUUUAACUGUGGCCAUCAACAUGUUUCCGGGUUCCCAAAUUCUUAGGAACGAUAAGACACCUUUACAAAAUGUCCUAAAUGGAUGGUUUGGAGUGCCCAAGCAAUCUUGGCGACUAGUUUUCAGAGCUUCAACACAUGGAUACGAUUCGGGGACUUUCCAUCGCUAUUGUGAUGGUGUGGCGCCCUGCAUGGUCAUUGGUUUGGGGUCUCAUGGAGAGAUCAGUGGCGGUUUUACAGACGUGGCUUGGGCGAAAACGAGCCGCAAGGGUGGUUAUGUCCAUUCCGAGAGAGCUUUCUUAUUUGCACUAAAUCCCGCCAACGGAGAGCAACCUACUAAGUUCGAUAUUGUCAAGAAACCAUAUGCUAUCUGCUAUCACCCGGAUUGCGGACCCAUUUUUGGAGCUGGCGCGGAUCUCCUUAUUUCCAGCAAUUGCAACACUAAUAUGGACUCAUACUCGAACCUGCCACAUUCCUAUGACGGCACCAAUGCCGCCCAUUUGACGCUUUUUGGAGACUACAACUUCACCAUCAGCGACUACGAGGUCUAUACAUUGGCUCCGCCGGGAGGAGGAAGUACCACCGGACCCGUUCACAGCAGCAAUCACAACCAGGUUCAAAACCAGAAUCACUCAGCGAAUGGUCAAGCUCCUGGGGUGCCCACAAAAGCGAAAUACGAUAGAUACUAAGGGAGCUACAAAUAAGAUAAAAAUAAAAACAAAUUCCAAUCGAAUUCGAAUCAAAGUAAACAAUCAAAUACUUGUAGUUGCAUCAGCUAUGCUGGCUAAUAAAACUAUUUCCUUGAACGAUCGAUCCGAACACUCGAAUAUUGUAAUCCCAGAUCCGCAACGACUUGGGCUCUAAUGGCAUUAUGUGCUAUGUGUCGGGUUCAUGACUCCGCCCAAGGUAAGAAACCAGCAAUCGAAAGGUAAUUAAUGAAUUGUUAUAUAAAGAAAACUUUUUGGCGGCUGUCUUGACUUCCAUCUAGAUGCCAAGAAUCGGACCAAAUUAAUUAACUGGUUUCCCACUUGUAUGUAAAGUUGAAAGUGUUACCCAAAAAACACAAAACAAAAAGCAGAGGGCGGCUCUUGAAGUUUAUAUGUAGAAUG